AUGACUGGGAGAAGGAACAGUACAAUGAUUAUAAAGUUCAUUCUCUUGGGAUUCUCUGAAUUUCCAAAGCUCACCAUUGUCCUCUUUUCAAUAUUCCUAGGGAUCUACCUGAUGACAGUGUCCUGGAAUAUGGGCCUCAUCUUUCUCAUCAGGACUAACUCCAAUCUGCACACACCUAUGUACUUUUUCCUCAGUUACUUGUCCCUGUUGGACAUCUGCUAUGUUUCUACUACUGUCCCCAGGAUGCUAUCGGACUUCUUCAAGAAGCACAAAUUCAUCUCCUUUAUGGGGUGCACCGUGCAAUACUUCUUCUUCUCUGGCCUGGGUCUGUCUGAAUGCUGUCUCCUGACAGCCAUGGCUUAUGACAGAUAUGCUGCCAUUUGUAAUCCUCUGCUUUACACAGCCAUCAUGUCUCCCACCCUCUGUGUGCAGAUAGUGGCAGCAUCUUGUGUAACUGGAUUCUGUGGCUCAUUUAUCCAACUGUGUGCCUUACUUCAGCUGCAUUUCUGUGGGCCAAACAUCAUCAACCAUUUUUUGUGUGACUUGCCCCAGCUGCUAAUCCUAUCCUGCUCUGACACCUUUUAUGUUCAAGUCAUGCUGUCUGUGCUGACAGUAAUCUUUGCGGUUUCAUCUGCCCUCAUUAUUAUGAUAUCCUAUGGUUAUAUUGUUGCCACCAUUCUGAAGAUCACUUCAGCUGAAGGCAGGUCCAAAGCCUUCAACACCUGUGCUUCUCACCUGACUGCAGUGACCCUCUUCUUUGGUUCUAGUACCUUUGUUUAUCUGUAUCCCAAUUCUGGUGAUUCUCUGAGCCAAAGUAAGUUGGCAUCAUUAUUAUACACUGUUGUAAUCCCUAUGCUAAAUCCAUUGAUCUAUAGCCUGAGGAACAAGGAAAUCAAAGAUGCCCUAAACAGAUGGAAGAAGAGAAUCUUCUCCUGCUAUUACUAA